GGAUUCCGCGAAAUAGUUUCUUGGAGUUGAGAGAACUGCUGUUCGCAACUAAAUAGGACAAGUUGACGCAUGAAUGAGAGCGCGCAGGAGGCGACAUAGACCCGCACCAACCGCUCGUCAGACCGUUAUUGAUCCGCCGUUUACAAAUAUCACCCAGAAGGAGGGAAAAGCCGGGCAACGACAACGGCGGUUAUCUUUCCUGAGGCGGUCUUUAUCCGCCCAGCAUCCUUAGCUAGAAAACGCGCAGGACAGACGCAUUCGAGAGGACACGUGGAUGUUCCAGAGGACCCCAGUCCACAAUUUUGACCGGUUUUCUCUUCAGACUUUUGGGUUGAUAAAGAGACAGUUUGUGGUGGGAUCAUCUACGGCAAUGAUGUCGGAUGUCUCAGCAGACUGCGUGCCAGCUCGUCCUCUGGAGAGGACAGAGGACGUGCUGAAAGACACCCAGGAGAACAGGACUUUGCUGAUGGUGGCGAUGAUUUUACUGGACUUAAAGAAAUGCAGCCCCGACUCUAUCAGCGGGGGUGUCAGCGCCGGCGAAAGAGCGGGCACCCAGCAGGAGGAGGAGCGGGGCAGCUGCCGCCUGAGCGGCGAGGACAGACCUCCGGUACUCAAACAGCCACGAAGCCGGGUGGUGGGGAGACAAGCGUCCCCGGAGAAGAGACACUGCUGUCCCUUUGACGGCUGCGGGAAGGUUUACGGGAAGUCGUCGCACCUCAAAGCCCACCUAAGGGUCCACACCGGUGAGCGGCCCUUCAAGUGUACCUGGCCAGACUGUGGUAAAAAGUUCUCCAGGUCCGACGAGCUGACCCGACACUUCCGCACACACACCGGCGAGAAGCGCUUCACCUGUCCACUGUGCGACAAGUGCUUUAUGAGGAGCGACCACCUGACGAAACACGCCCGGCGACAUGCCGGCUUCCAUCCCAGCAUGCUUCAGGGCCCCAGCGUGGCCAAGAGACGCCGCUGCUCUGUCUCUAUGUCCUCCUCUGAUUCUGGUGACCAAAGCCCCUCCGGAGUGUGAAACGUGCACACCCUUUCAUACUUGCAUAACACUACACAGUAGAUACUGAGGUGCACACAGCCACAUGCAUGGUGCGCAUACCUUUUCAUAAAUGCUGUCAAGUCGGAGAGAUCAUCCAGCCAGGGCGCAGAUCAGGGAGUUCUUUCAUCACACAUGGAAUCGUGCAGCAGGAGACGCACAUACGUCGAGCCUGACUGUAGUCAAAUUAAGAACUCACCAUCUUGUUCCUCCAUGUAAUUCAUAUUUAUUAAGGGUUGUGCAGGGAUUGUCAGAAAAAGCCUAGCUGUCUUGCCUUGUUCGAUUUGUAAUGUGCAACUUUUUCUAAAGGAAUCUCUCUUUCGAAGGGCAUUCCUGUGCAUCUACACUAUUGCUUUUCCAAAUGCUGCACAUGUUCAUUUUGCACCAUGCUGCAUUUAAAGAUGCAAAGAUCUAAAAUACCUACAUAAUCCUACAAGGAACUUUAUACCAAGUGCACUGGGAAAUAUGUGCAAAUAGUCCUUUAAAAAAAGGUUAAAUAUUGUAGAGACUUUUUUAAUGACUUUUCUUUAGUUCAGGACCAUUAAAGAAUAAGACAGUAUUACAAUGUAGAUAUAUCAGAUAUACUUGCUGAGUAUAUCAUAGUUAAGUGCUAUUAGAAAAUAAGAGAAGCUAUAAUAUAGAAAAUUUGUUUUAAUGGCAACAGAAAGAAUCUUUAGUAAUGUGUGCUUUGAGGCUUUAGUUAUACCGGUGCGUUUGUUAUAUUUAGAAUAAAAUAUUUUCAUAAAAGGAUACAUACAUGCACCUUUAUACAUCUACAUCUCUUUAACAACAUGUGAGCCAUUGUCAUAGAAAACCACUUCAGCUCUCUUUUGUUUUGCUUUUUUCUUGUCUGACUUGAAUUGUGCAGGACAACACAACAGGGUAAAGCCUCCCACAAGUUGAUGGCUAGCUUCUUUUGGCUUGAUGAAUAGCAGAUCAACAAUUGCCUUCAGUACUGAUGGUGCCAGUUGCUGUAUGCUGUAAACAGGUUUUGUUUGUGUGAGGACUGCAUUUCACAACCCAUUCCGCAUGUGGCCAUGCCAAGCCACACUACGCCCCCAUGUGGUGACACAAAGGCACAUGUCCCGAAACAAAGAGUCACGCAACAGUACUUCUUUUUCUUUGCUGUAGCAUGUUGAGGACAGCCCUCAUCCUUAUUUUGCUUUAGUUUUAUUCCAAUAUGUAGCACGCUUGUUUGUAUUUCUUCUGUAAUUCAAUUUUUCUCCUAAUAAUUUUGUACAUAUUACUAGUAUAAUUGAGGUUUUCUCGUUAGUUCACUACAGGAGCCAUAUGCAGUGUUGUCAGAAAGUUCUCUUUUUUAUACUCGCCAUGUUAUUAAUUCAGUCCUCCAAAUAAAGAGAUACUGCAUUUAUUGGCUUGCUAAUUAUUUUUUCUGUCUUUAUUUAUAACUGUGAUUAAAAGCUGGUGCCUUUCAGGUGGAAAUCCUUGUUUUUGAUGCAACUCUGCUGCAAUCAGGGACUGAUGAUGCAAUCUCCCAAGUUGAUGCAAUACAGAGCGCUGUGUAACAAUUACUGCUCAUGGUUUUAACAAUAAAAGAACUUUUAUUUCUUA